CGUUUGUGUUCGGUGCGUUUUCCGCCGUCAAUGGAGCUUCUCCUCUCCUUCCGCUCCGUCGGUGUUCAUCUUCUCCGAAAAUCCACGCCUAUCUUCACCCGAGGCAGUAGAAACUCGAUACCCGCCUCUAAGAAUCUCUUCGUUCUCUUAUUCUCUUCCUCUGCUAAAACCCCUCUUCUUAAACCACGAGCUGCGUCAUCAGAGAAGAAUCCUAUCGUUUUCAAAGGAGACGAGCGUGUGAUGGGUCUUCUAAGCAAGGUAGAUGAUGCAUUCGAUAACGUCGAUCGGUUUCAGAGCUCAAGCACGAUAGUGGCGAUAGUGACGCCGAUCGGUGGCCCACCUGGUGCGGUGGGAAUCGUGCGGUUGUCUGGGCCUAAGGCUGUGGAAGUUGCACGACGAGUCUUUCGUUCUGCUAAGAAAAGGAUGAAGAAGACGAGCGAUUGUUCUGCAGAUUCAUAUUCAUGGCGGCCCACGAGUCAUUUCGUGGAAUAUGGAGUUGUCGUUGAUUCAAAAGGCAAUGUUGUUGACGAGGUUUUAGCCGUUCCCAUGUUGGCUCCUCGGUCAUAUACUCGAGAAGAUGUAGUUGAGCUCCAAUGUCACGGGAGCGAAGUUUGUCUGCGCCGCGUUUUGAGGACAUGUGUUGAAGCUGGAGCAAGAUUAGCAGAACCAGGAGAGUUUACACUUCGUGCCUUUCUAAAUGGGCGUUUAGACCUUACGCAAGCUGAAAAUGUUGAGAAACUCAUCUCGGCCAAGUCUUCUGCUGCUGCUGAUGCUGCUUUAGAAGGGAUUCAGGGAGGGUUUUCAUCUUUGGUCAAAUCAUUAAGAGCGCAAUGCAUUGAGAUCCUCACUGAAAUCGAAGCUCGUUUAGAUUUCGAGGACGAGAUGCCGCCAUUGGAUAUAGACUUGGUUAUUAGCAAAAUAAACAGCAUGUCUGAAGACGUUGAAAGUGCAUUAGAUACAGCGAACUAUGACAAACUUCUUCAGAGCGGGUUGCAGAUAGCUAUUGUUGGGCGUCCGAACGUUGGGAAAUCAAGUCUUUUAAAUGCCUGGAGCAAAAGUGAGAGAGCCAUUGUUACAGAAGUUGCGGGAACUACUCGAGACGUAGUGGAAGCUAAUGUUACACUCCGUGGCGUGCCUGUCACACUUCUCGACACUGCUGGUAUCAGAGAAACCUGUGACAUUGUCGAGAAAAUCGGAGUUGAGAGAUCAGAAACAGCUGCUAAGGUUGCUGAUGUCAUAAUCAUGGCAGUGAGUGCUCUCGAGGGCUGGACUAAAGAAGACACUGAGCUUCUACGUAAGAUCCAAUCAGACAAGCCUAUGAUUCUGGUGAUGAACAAAAUCGACUGUGCUCUUCCUGAUUGUUUUGAUCAAUUAGAAGAUGAGAAGAGGAAGAGAGCAAAAGUUUUCCAUAAAUCUGUGUUUACAUCUGCUGUUACUGGUCAAGGAAUUGAAGAGCUUGAAGAAGCAAUAUUGGAGAUUCUUGGUCUUGAUCGUGUCCCCACUGGAGGACAUCAAUGGACCGUGAAUCAUAGACAAUGCGAGCAGCUCGUGCGGACGAAACAGGCGCUCGUGAGGCUGAGAGAAGCGAUCAAAGAUGAGAUUCCGAUUGAUUUCUGGACGAUUGAGCUGAGAGAAGCUGCGUUGGCUCUUGCUCAGAUCAGUGGCCAAGAUGUCUCUGAAGAGGUCUUGUCCUCCGUUUUUGCCAAGUUUUGUAUCGGAAAAUAAAUUAUUGUUAUUAAUUAAACCCCAAACAAAUCAAAAAUAUUUCGUAUUUACCACAUACUUUCAA